AGGCAAAAGAUUUGCCUCAUAUAUUAAUUAAAGAGAGAAUAGAGUUUUACAGAUAGCCCUCAACUAAAUCGGUAUUUGACUUUGAUAAAAAUCCCAUAUUGUAGAUCGUCGCCUGUAAUUUCAACAUGCUAUUCUGAAACGAAGACAUGCUUCCGUCGCACCACACGCCAGCUUUGAUCUUUUCUUAUCCGCUUGUCUACCACCGCUUUGUCUCCCUCCCAUUUCAUGUCUCCAUCUAUCUUCUCUGGUGCUACGCAGAACGCUCACCUCGGUUGGGCGAGGAUCGGGUGCUUGACUCGUUCAACGGUGGAAAGGAUGGAUGUGAUUUCUUCUCGCCUAGCUCUGCUUGAGGUCGCCAUGGCCAGAUGUGAUGAUUGGGCACCAAGAUUCAGUCAAUUACGCGGAGAACGGAGGUUAUGACUGCACAUCCGACUCGUUCGAGGGUGUCAUGCCUAGAAGCGAGGUCUAGGCGCUCAACUUAGUUGAAGACGAGGAUGAUGAAGGUGAUGACUACAUGGCCACACUAACGGUGGCAUGGCCAGAGGCGAGGUCUAGGUGCCACCAAAUGAGUCGGGCGCCCAGCCCUCGCCCUCGGCCAUGACACACUCAAUCAAGUAGGGCGAUCCAUCUUCCCAUGGCGCCAAAGAAGCUCAAUUGUGAAAGGUGAGAUGAGAGACGAAGCGGUGAUUGUGAAAGAUGAGACGAGAGAUGAAGCGGUGGAGAAGAAAAUUGAAACUACUGGAUCGGGCGCUUAAUUUGGUACUAUCAUUAACCACACAAAAUGGGCGUGCAACGGAAGUGGAGUCGUUUUGGAAAAGCAAGGUGAAAUACGGGGCGACGGUCUACUAUAAGGGAUUUCUUUUCCAAAACUAGAUACACUUUAGAAUUUGGGGAGGGGGUGCUAUACUAUUGCUAUAAUCCACCAUCUAGAUGAAUGAAUAAAAACCCUUUCCUAAUUAUCUGUUGGAAUUUGAUGAAAUCUUGAUUAUCAACCAAAUGGUCCAAAACUAUUCCAUGAACAUCUCAAGCAAUUAACUAAGAAAUGGGUAUUUUUGGCCAAAACUCUACACAAUGUUAGGCUUAUCUUUCGACUUUCUGACUGAUUAAGGUAGUAGUAGUGGAGUACAGAGUAUUCCUAGAUAGUUUAAAGCCGAGUACAGAGUAUUCCUAGAUAGUUUAAAGCCGAACAGGAGCGAAAACAAGUUUCAUGAAUAUCAAUUCGAUUAAAUGUUAUCUAUGAGUGAAUAGCAUAAAACUACCACUUUUCGCGUUAUGGUUCCAAAAAACUACCGAAAAUUUGUUUGUGCCUGAUAACUACCACUUUUGGCGUUGGCUAUUUCAAAAAACCCAAAACGCACGUUGCUAAGAAAUUAAACCGGUUUAUAACAGGUUGGGCCCGCACCUAAACGAACCGUCAGUUCAACCGUCUAUUUGACCGUUAGCUGACAUGUGAGGCCCAUGUGUCUCUUCCUCAUUUCCUUCACUCCUCUCUGCUCCCUUCUCCUUCUUCGACGUUUCCUCUCUCAACUCCCCACCGGUGAAAGACCCAAAGUUGACCGGAGACAGCGGCGCGGCCAUGGGCGCCGGCCACACUGCUGGCCCACGCGCACGACCGCAUCCACCCUCACAACGGCGUUCUUGCGGACGGCGGCGUCCAGCAGGGCGACGGAGCAAUGGCCGCCUCUCCUUCCACCAGCGCCAGCCGCCCCUUCUUCCACCUCGCUGGCGUCGGCGGGCCGCUUCUCCGCCUCCACUACCGCCUCCUCUCCCCAAAUCCUCUUCUCCUCCCCGUAGUCUGUAGCCCGACGCGCUGUCCUCUACGGCCUAGAGCCCUAGAGCCAUGGCGCCACUGGCCAGAGGCGCUGCUCCGCAUUGCCGGCCAACCCCCGCAGCCACCGCUCGUGCAGGGUCCAGGCAGAGGUGGGUCGCGGCUGCGGGUGGCACUGGCGGCUAACUCUGGCAGGAGGCCUCCCUGGGUGCGGUCCUCCAUGGCGGCGUCCAGCAAGGGGAGGGAGCCAUGGCUGCUGGCCACGAGCUCCUGACGUACUCGACGAAGACCGCGCGACGGAAGGGAGCUCCACGGAAGGGCUACUGGCCGCGAGCUCCACGGAAGGGCUACUGGCAGGAGGCCUCCCUGGGUGCGGUCCUCCAUGACGGUUUGUUUAGGUGCGGGCCCAACCCGUCAUAAACCGGUUUAAUUUCUUAGCAAUGUGUGUUUUGGGUUUUUUAAAACAGCCGACACUGAAAGUGGUAGUUAUCAGGCACAAACAAAUUUUUGGUAGUUUUUUGAAACCAUAACGCGAAAAGUGGUAAUUUUAUGCUAUUCACUCGUUAUCUAUAGGCAAUGGAUAGUUAAAAAAUGGAAUGGAUGGGUGAUGAAAGUCUUACAGUUCCAAGAAGUAUAAAUAUCAUCUCUGGAAAACAGAACAUGCAGACUAGCCGAAAAGUUUUGAUUAGCCAUACUCAGUGCACGAACCCCCAGGCACGUUUCGCCAUUACCAAAACUAAUUAUUAAUUACCACGCAACCCAAUCACAGUAUUUACUCCCUUUUCUGUAACUCCCGAUCCAUUAGCUACUCUUGGAAUUAAUUCCUUGCAUGAUUUCCGAUAUUAUUAGCCGUUUCCAUCUACCUAGUGAUACAAGCAUUUAAGAGCUGGGUUUGCCUUUCAUCCGCUCCAUAUAUACUCCCUCCGUCUCCCAUACGAGUAUUUGGCAGCCCAUGUUCCAGAUCUCUCUAGAAAGAAUGGAUUCCAAUGGAGAGCAUAGCUUCUGGCCUUAUGGGCCAAGUGUUUGGCAUGAUAGUUACCUGCUUGAAGACGAGGCGCUCCUCUGCAGUCUACCCUUCCUGAGCUUCGGCUGCCAACCACUGUGCUCUAACAGCCCCGCUGUCGCGCAGAGCAGCAGCCUGCAAGCUCCCUGUCUUGUUCCUUGCGACACAGGCGAGCUGGAUACAAGCUUUGAUGAUGAUCUGCUGAGGUGCUGGGAGGCUAUAGAGCAAUCUGAUGACAGCACAGAAGACAGUGGGAAGGGGUUGCCACUACUGUGUUAUGGCGAGGAGAGCGGAGCAGCUUCGAACGCCAUGAGAGCAGACCGCGUUAGAUCAGAGAGGGUGCUGACAUUCGAGCUCGUGUCACAGUACUUCUACAUGCCGAUCACGCAGGCGGCUCGAGAGCUGAACGUCGGGCUCACCGUUCUGAAGAAGAAAUGCAGAGAGCUUGGGAUUCCCAGGUGGCCGCAUCGCAAGCUGAAGAACUUGCAGACCCUCAUCAACGACGUCGAGGUCCUGCAGGAGGCAGGCAAGGCGAACGACGGCGAGCAGCUGAGGGCGAUGGUGGAGAUGCUGGAGCAGGAGAGGCGGCUCCUGGAGCAGAGGCCGUACGUUGAGCUCGAGGAGAAGACGAAGAGGCUUCGGCAGGCCUGCUUCAAGGCCAGCUACAAAAAGAGACGUCUCUUGGUUCUUGAACCUGGGGAGGCAUCCAAGUACUAUUGAUGCAGAGCCCAAGUGUUUCUUCCAUGUUUUAUUAGAGUCUGGUGCAUUUCAGUUUCUACUAUGCAUCCCUGUGCUCUGGGUGAAGAACACAAAUUAUGAUAGCAGAAGAAUUGGGCUAAACACCUGCUUGUAUGGCAAAAAUUACUACUAGUAGUACUAUCAGGCA